UUAAGAAUGCGUCAUCUUUGUUAAAAUAAUGUAACAUUUAUUUCACUUCAUUUCGGCCAGGUGCCAUUUCUUUUGCCAUUACUGUAUUGUGUAUGUUGUUUGUAAUUCCUACCAUGUUGGCAUAAUGGCGUGUCAUUAAACUCUAAUCCCAUCCAAACUCUGAUCUCGUAAUCACACGUUGCUUCGGUGAGGUGAAAAUGUGGCCCUGCACAGGGAAUUAGUUUCCAUGGGCACGGCAAAAUCAACUUCAAGUGCUUGGAUUAUACCUUUUUUUUUUUAAAUGUUGACUUUCAAAUGUUCUGUCAUUUUCUUUUGUCCAGCUGCUCGUGUCAGUUCAGGCAACAGUGGAGGAGUCCGCUGCACACCAGCAGAUCUGUACACUCCCAAAGCCCAGCAUCUCCAUGAAUCCUGCUGCUGAGGUUACCUGGGGUCAGAACGUCGGCAUCACUUGUUCUGUCUCAACUCAACCUCAACAGAUUUUAAGACCAAGAUUUAUUUUGAAAAAGGCUUCAAGUGCAGUUCGAAAGACCCAAAAGUCAAGUACCAACUCUGCUACCUUCAACAUGCCUAAAGUCAACUUUGACAACGAAGGAUCAUACCAGUGUCAGUAUAAGAUAACAGUUGCAGGGCAAGACUUCACCUCCUCAAGUGACUCUGUCUGUGAACUUCCCGAAACCCAGCAUAUCCAUGAAUCCUGUUGGUGAGGUUACCUGGGGUCAAGAUGUUGGCAUCACUUGUUUGAUCUCAACUCAGGUUUUAGGAGGGACGUUCAUCCUACAGCACUCCUCAGGCUCAUCCAGAAAGACAGAAACACGUACCAACUCUGCUACCUUCAACAUUGUCCAAGUGGACUUUCCCAAUGAAGGAUCGUACCAGUGUCAGUAUCAGACAAGGAGUUCAAGUCAAAACUUCAUCUCACCCCAAAGUAACGUUGUCAGACUCUCUGUUUCUGUGCCGCUGCAGCAGCCCAGCAUCUCCCUAACAUCUCCUAACAGAGGGCUGGUCUGGGGCCCUGAAGGUGCACAGAUCACCAGGGGUUUCAGCUUUGUCUUCACCUGCUCCACUUCCUCCCAUUAUCCUGGAGGUGUUUUCCAUCUCAUCUUCUCUGGUUCAAACCUCACCAACACAGAGCCAGCAGUCAACCAGUCAGCCUCCUUUUCCUUCCUGGUGGCUGAGUAUGAACAACGGGGCAACUACAGCUGUGUGUAUGAAGUCACACUGUCCUCGAGAAGAUUCACUUCUACACAGACAGCACCGAUUAGUGUCGUCAUUAAAAUGCAUUUGUUGCCGCUGGUCUCUUCAGUAGCUGCUGGGGGUCUGCUGCUGCUCCUGCUAGUCUUGGUGGUGGUCUGUCUGGUCUGCAAGAGGAGACGACGAGCCAAGCACACUGGAGCCGCGGUCUCUUUCAGUGUAGAGGAAAACAGAGAAGAAGAAGAAGGAGAAGAAAAUGACUAUGAAAAUGUGACCGAGCGAUUUGGUGAAGAAACUUUGGACAUUUAUGGAGAGAAUAAUAUUUAUGAAGAGAAUAUUUAUCAAAACCUUUAA